GACUUAAACUGCUUGCAUGCUUUUGCAUCUUUCUAGCAAAAAACGAUAUUUAACUUUUUCAAGAUCUAAUUACCUUUUGAUUUUUCCUUGUUCUCUCCACGCUGUCUUUGGAGAUACCAAAACUUCGAUUUGCCCGCCUCUCCGAUGAUACAGAAGCAAGAGGUUCCAAAAGGACAACGAAGUAGGAUAUCUAUGAAGGCUUUGUGAGCAACGCGACUCGUUUACAACGAUUAGGAUACACAGAAAACGCAUGGUUGGUAUCUAAAAGCAUGAACAUGUACAAAAAGACCAAAAGAGCGAAACCUCGAGGCUUGCCGCUUCCCUCGACAAUUUGUCAUCACCUUCAUUGCAUACGAGCAAGCCUCUUGAUCUUGUCAAAGCAGGACAAAACCAUUUCCUAGCUAUCUCAGCCUCUUAGUUUGAACAAUUACAUUCAAGAUGAGAAUAUUUCUGUAAGAAUGGGUUUCGUGAGGUUCCAGACAAAAAGGAUGGGGGAAACCCUUCUGCCACGAGAGUCGCCAGCCUCGGCCGACUGCCCGAGGCAUGUGGUCAUAGUGAUGGAUGGCAUGAAGAGGUUCACGACAGCUCCACUGGAGUGGGCGCUCGAGAAUCUGAUCACCAUCGGCUGUACUAUCACCCUUAUAGGCGUGAUGCCGUGGUUGAACAUUCCUCUUUCUGGCAAAAUCUGGUCUGAUGUGUGGCCGGUGGAAUGGGAGACCUUGGCGAAUCUACAAGAGAGGAAUGAGUGGAGAAGUGAUGUGAAAUAUCUAAAGUUGCAGGCAGUGAUUGAUCUCUGCAAGAGAUAUGGGGUGGUGCCUCAAAAGGAUGUGGUGAUGGGUUAUCCUUCAAAGCUUCUGGUUGUGGAGAAAAUCACAAGCCUUCAUGCCACAUGGGUUGUCUUUGAUAGGCAUCAGAGAAAGAACAGGGAGUUCUAUGCCGAGAGAAUUCCAUGCAACAUGGUGAUGAUGAAUCAGAACGGAGAGGGAGACAUGUUCAGAGGCAGAAGCUGCAUGAGUGACAGUGAAGGCAGCACUCCAGGGGAGUCUCCUGCCUCCUUUGUGCCCACACCAGAGGUUUUGAUCUCUGAAGAGCUCAGGGAAAUCCUCAGGCAGAGACUGUGAGCCCAAACCGUAUUUCGUAUUCUAUGUUAUGAGCUGGUUGGAUUUGAUCCACAAUCAUAAAAUAAAAAUUGUGUUUAUGGAUGUACGGCUUGUAAUAGCGUCAAAUCUACCACGGCCACACCCUCCAAUUGUCGCGCUUUCUGAUCCUUUUUUGUAUUGCCUUGGUUCUGUUUCUGACCAUCUGCGCUUGAUGCUUUUAAGCAAAGUUGCCCCCUUUUUUUUUUUUUUAUCUUCUUCUGUUGCAGAUGUAUGAAUAAAAGACGUCGAAAUUGGAUUCUAGGUUUAUUCUGGA